ACUAGAACUAUGCUUUAUCUUUUGCUUUUCAUAGGAUAUGUCAAGAUCAUUUUGGCAGUGCCCUUCUUUGGUCUGAACGUCCAAGGCGGGUUCAAAACGGAAACGGACAUCUCAACUGCAGCCCUGGCCAUCACGAAACCUUUCGCGGCGCUGAACCCCUCCAUAACGAAACUGAACGGCAGCCUGCCACUUAGCACAUCAACGCUAAACGGUGCCGCCCAGGGAAUAAUCUCUCUCUACGAUGGCGUAGUGGGACCCAUCGAUAAUUUCGCACGCGCAAUUGCGGAAUCUGCCACGGACAAAGCGACGUUUUCGACAUUUCUGUUCGACCGUAUCUUCAUAUCACUUGACGCGGCGCAGGCAUUUUUCGACACCGUUAACAAGCACAACAGCAAGGUGACGGCAUUUUCUUCGACUAGGGGAGAGGAAAUUAAGACGCAGUUCAAUGGAAUUCAAUCUAUCGUACAGGAUUUGUCCUCGACCAUGGCCACGUACGAGGAAGCGAUUGAGGACAUCAGAUCGAACGAACAAAUCACGCCGAGUUCAAUCUACAGCGUGCUCAAUAAGUAUGAAUUGGCUAAUUUGAUUGGGGCACUGGAUGCGUUCAGCUAUCAGAUGAAUAUUUUGAAAGGUCAAAUGAGUGACGUGGUGUCAACCAUCAUAACGGUCAAUGAUUUUAUGGAUACUUACACAGCGACGUUAACUACUGCUUUCGCCUCACUGCAUGAUUCUCUCAGCAGUUCUUACAAUAGCAUUACAAAUGUUGGAACGAGUUUCGUUACGAACAUCUCUGAUUCAGUCAAUCAAUUGUCAACCGUCGUGGAUAAAUUUAAUGAACAGAUCGAUGCUUUUACCGACGAUGUAAUAAAAGCGAAUGCCACAAUCAUUGUAUCAAUUACGAGUGAGUUGACCUAUUUCUACAAAUACUUCAUGAGCGUCCUGCAGCCCAACUCUGAUGAAAAGUUCAACAGCGUUGCGUACAUGGUGACAGAUUCAGUUCAAACAGCUGCCAAAGAUAUCAUUUUCAAUGCGUACCAAACCCUGAAUAAUGCAAUAAUGAAUCUCCCAUCAAAAGCAACAAACUGCGUCAGUACUCAUCUGACUCCAAUGGUCAAUUCACUUGCCUCGAACAUUCCAACCAUGGGAUCCUGUCUAAAUUUGGUGGACCCUGCAUCGGUCUCCAACGAACAGAUAGCUCUUCUGAACAAACUUCUUGCUGAUCGUUUGUACUACGUCAGCUUAUGGACCAGCGCAAUCAGUGGCGUGAAAUCGAAUAGUGCCACAAGUGUUAGAAAAACGGCAGCUCUCAAACUUCUGGCAGAAACUCCAUCGGGCAAUGUGGACGUGCAUCAGCCGGCACUGGCUGACAGUUACAGCAUUUUCGGCCAGUUGGUAUCCAACUUCAACAGCCGGCAGAAUCGUGUCGUUAUGUGUUUGACCCUGAAGAGUGUCGACCUGUCGGCGAUGGUCAUUUCGGCUUCGAAUGGGUAUUUUGGUUGCAUUAGAGGUUACUGAUAAGGGCAGUCGACAUGUUUUUUUUUUCGCCGAAAUUUGAUAAGAGAAGCAAUAAACUGACUCGACUUUUGAGUUUGGGUCUGUCAUCACACAACCUAUGCGCCGAAAAUGGAUCAUAAAAGCACUUUAUCUUUGAUAUUGGCCACGGUUCGAUAAAAGAGUUACAAGCAUAUUUCUUUGAAUUCGUUUGCAAGGCAUGGGGGCUUAGUUUCACAUUAAUCUGUUAGAUUGGUUUAUACAAGUCAUU